AUGACGUCCGUCAUGGGCUCUGUGCUGGACCACAGCAAUCGUUUCUAUCCUCACUACUAUCUUUCUCCCAACCAGUAUGAACAGCUGAAUUUACAGGCGUAUGAGAUCUUUCCCAAGUCGAUUUCCGAGCUCCAUCCUCCUUUCAUCUACUGCCCGUAUUACUUUGAAGACUUCGACCCAACCGUGAUAAUGGACUCUAUCUCUCCACUCGACGACAUGGAGCAGUUCCAGGAGCUUUCCAACGACUACCAGCCAGACUUACAAGGACCUUUAGUUGGUCCGAAGCAGUCAACCGAUGCCCUCGUCACUGAGUACGCGCAGGGUCAUCCAAUAUUUGUUGCGAAGACAUCUGCCCUUGCUGCGACGCAUUCUUUCUACCGAAUUAUGAAGGGAGAUGGCAAUUGUGGCUGGCGAGCUGUCGCAUUUGGUUACUUCGAGAACCUCCUUCACCUUCGUGAUCCGAGCAAAGUCGCCCAAGAAACAGCCAGGCUUAAGAGUUUCAACGACUUGUUGAACUCAGUCGGCUACCAGGAGGACCUGUAUGAGAUGUUCGUUGACGCAACCAUUGACCUGCUGGCAGAUAUCUCAAAAGCAAUUGAAACUGGAAAUUAUGAUGACAGCUUUCUUUUGAAUGCCUUUAAUGAGGAGUACAAUUCAACUUCUAUAAUCCAACACUUUAGGUUGAUGACAAGCGCCUGGAUGAGAUUGAAUAGCAACAGAUACCAGUCAUUCCUUCCAGAGCCUCUGGAGCAUUACUGUGAGCGGAUCAUUGAGACUGUGAGAACGGAAAUCGACGAGAUUGGUCUCCAAGGCUUAGUCGAUGGUGUCAUUGCAAACUCAGGAUUUGCUGUCCAAAUUGCCUACCUAGAUAGGAGCCAGGGCGGCGAAGUCAACUUCCAUAUUCUCACACCAGAACGUCCUCAUCUCGCCACUAUAAGGCUACUCUAUCGACCCGGCCACUAUGAUCUCCUGUACGGGGCCGAACCCUCAGGUUCACACCCUAACGUGCCGGUUAACUACCAAGUCGGAGUCUCUUACACUUAUCCCCCUUGGUAUCCAACCAGAUUACAGUUCGAGUUUAACUCCUCUCUGAUGGCUGUUCCUGCUCUCUCGCUUGAAGCACAAGAUGCCACUUCUCCUUUGACAUCUUCCCCUGCUUCGAAUUUAUAUACACCGGUACGAACUAGCUCCCUGUUUCAUCCACCCUUGAUUUCCCCGCGUCCAUACGAUCUGCCCAAAUGCCUGCCAUUUAGCCCCCUGCCACCUCCUCCAGACAGAUCCAAUGAGCUACCCAUCCGGAUGAACCCCUUGGUCCGUGAGCCAAUGAAUACUAUCCCCCUAAGCUCUAUCCCUUUCAAAAACUCCCAGCAUAACCAGGCACACUUCCAGAACCCAGAUUUCCAGCCAUCGCAAUGGGACUACACCAAAGAGUACAAAUAG